AUGAGGGGGAACAUUCUUCAGAUAAGGGGUGGGACCUUCUCCAGAGACGAGAAGGGACCUUCGCCAGAGAAGAUGAGGGGGAACAUUCUUCAGACAAGGGGUGGGACCUUCUCCAGAGACGAGAGGGGACCUUCUCCAGAGGACGAGAGGGGACCUUUCCCAGAGAAGCAGAGGGGGAACAUUCUUCAGAUAAGGGGUGGGACCUUCUCCAGAGACGAGAGGGGACCUUCGCCCAGAGAAGAUGAGGGGGGACAUUCUUCAGAUAAGGGGUGGGACCUUCUCCAGAGACGAGAGGGGACCUUCGCCAGAGAGGAUGAGGGGGAACAUUCUUCAGACAAGGGGUGGGACCCUUCCUCCAGAGAAGAGAGGGGACCUUCGCCAGAGAAGCAGAGGGGGAACAUUCUUCAGAUAAGGGGUGGGAACUUCUCCAGAGAAGAGAAGGGACCUUCGCCAGAGAAGAAGAGGGGAACAUUCUUCAGAUAA